AUGGCUUCAAGGCCUGGAAUACUCACUGAUUGGCCAUGGAAGCCUCUUGGAAGCUUUAAGUAUCUGGUAUUAGCACCAUUUGCGUUUCAUAGCACGUAUUGCAUGUUUGUGAAGGAUAAGAGUGAAAGGGAUAUAUCAACUUUUCUGAUUGUGCCAUUUUUGCUAUGGAGGAUGCUUCACAACCAGAUUUGGAUCACACUCUCUCGUUACCGAACUGCUAAAGGCAAUGCCAUAAUUGUUGACAAGGGAAUUGAGUUUGAUCAAGUUGAUAGAGAAAGAGAUUGGGAUGACCAGAUAAUAUUCAAUGGGUUUCUAUACUACCUAGCAGCGUACACACUGAAUGGGGCAUCACAUCUUCCAGUGUGGAGAACAGAUGGAGUUAUUAUGGUGUUCCUUCUCCAUGCGGGUCCAGUGGAGUUCCUUUAUUAUUGGCUCCACAGAGCCCUUCAUCAUCAUUUCCUUUACUCCAGAUACCAUUCUCAUCACCAUUCUUCUGUUGUCACCGAGCCCAUUACUUCUGUGAUCCAUCCAUUUGCAGAACACAUAGCGUAUUUUAUGCUGUUUGCGAUACCAAAGCUGACAGUAGUGUUCACAAAAACAGCAUCAGUGGGGGCCAUGGUUGCGUAUGUCACAUACAUUGAUUUCAUGAAUAAUAUGGGUCACUGCAAUUUCGAGCUCCUUCCCCAUUCCCUCUUUUCCAUCUUUCCUCCUCUCAAGUUUCUCCUCUACACCCCUUCAUUUCAUUCUUUGCACCACACCCAAUUCAGAACAAAUUACUCCCUCUUCAUGCCACUCUAUGAUUACAUCUACAACACCACUGAUAAAUCUUCCGACGACUUACACAUCAAAGCGCUAAGUCGCCGCGAAGAAAUACCAGAAGUGGUACAUAUAACACAUCUCACAAAACCCGAGUCGAUCUACCAUCUUCGACUCGGGUUUGCGUACUUGGCUUCGAACCCUUUCGCGACGAAAUGGUAUUUGUGGUUGAUGUGGCCCGUGACAGCAUGGUCCAUGACCCUCACAUGGGUCUAUGGUCGAACCUUCAUUGUUGAGAGGAACCGAUUGCACAAACUUAACCUUCAAACUUGGGCGAUCCCAAAGUACAGUGUCCAGUACUUGAUGCAAUGGCAAAAUGUGGCUAUCAACAAAAUGAUUGAGGAAGCAAUUUUGGAAGCAGACAAAAAAGGCACAAAAGUGGUGAGCCUAGGCCUAAUGAAUCAAGGAGAAGAACUCAACAUAUAUGGAGGCUUAUAUGUUAGUAGGCAUCCAAAGCUAAAAGUGAAAAUUGUUGAUGGAAGUAGCCUUGUAGUUGCUCUUGUUCUUAACACCAUUCCUAAAGGAACAACUCAAGUUUUACUUAGGGGAAAACUUAACAAGGUUGCUUAUGCCAUUGCCUUCAAAUUGUGCCAACAAGGCAUUAAGGUUGCUACAAUGCAUGAGGAUGAUUAUGUGAAGCUCAAGAAGUCGUUUAACAGCUCUGAAGCUAAUUUGGUCAUCGCCCUAAAUUACACUCAGACGGUAUGGUUAGUGGGGAAGGAUUGACAAAAGAGGAAGAGAUGAAGGCACCAAAAGGAACAUUAUUUAUUCCAUACUCUCAGUUCCCUCCAAAGAAAUACCGAAAAGAUUGCUCAUACCAUUACACCCCAUCAAUGG